CCUAUCAGAUCACAGCGACCCUCGUUGUCCCAUGAAGAUCUACUAUUUCUAGGCGACUACGCAAUGUAUAAGUAUCACCCUACAGACAGUUGCCUCCUCUAGCUCCACCCCCCAUGUCUUCAUCCACGUCAUCACAUGUCUCCUGUCUUGCUCAGCGACCAUUUCUCUUGAUGCCAGAAUGGUGCGAUCAUUGCCCCCAUAGCUCGAGUGAACACUGUCCUGUUCGGUGUGGCCACGCCAAUGACCAACCACCUUGGUCUCCCAUGUCUCGUCGUGGAGAAAGCGAUGCCUACCACAAAUUAUGGUGCUGCGACUGCCAAGUGUAUUGCGGGGACCACUCGUCACAUACGGGUCCCGCGUAUGACUACGAGCAGCUCAACGUCGAGCUAUGUAUGCCUGUCAAGAUACCCCCCGUCGACAGCCGCCUACUCACCUUUUUUUUUUCCAGACAAAGCUCACAAACACCCACUCUUAUCCUACGUGAUGGAUCUUUUGCGACAUAUAAUAUCCGCCCUAUCCGCGAUCUUUCCUUCGCGUCGAGUCGCACAAUGAUACCCUACCUUUUUACAUAGCGAUCUAUUAACGCGUACACAUCUACACCUUUCUUUUUCCGAUAUCCGUCUCUGGACCGUUUCUCGACCACGCCACCAGUUAUUAAACC